AUAUGAUAUGUCUUUGUAUUAUCGCCAAGACGCUAUCGGCUCACCCAAAGAUACGUAUCCUUUGCCAGCUCGAGUUCAAGUAGGCAGUUUCUUCACAAAAUAGCCGUGGUCUGCUGAAACUGGACGGACGGAAAAUGAUCAGGCAUCCAUAUAUUUAUAAAUAUAAAUAUGUAGCUACACACGUUGGGCAAAAUCGCUGAGCUUUACAUUGAGCUGGACUGGACUUCAUAUAACAACCAUGCGACGCACUGAAGACAUCGGCUGGUUGGACGUAGGACUUGCCGAAGACGGCCGGUUUAUCAUUCACGACCAUAACCGACUUACCCAGACCUUGGGGAUGUUACCUAACCCUGAUAGCCAGAUUCCGUCUCUAUGCCUUUUUCUUGGAGCUGUAUCAAAGGACAAGGCACUCCAACAAAUCUUUCCACAGAAUAAUAUCAGAAGGCAUAAAUCAGGGUCUGUUAUAGGACUGAGAUAUGAUAUCACGUCUUUAGAUUCACCCACACCUAUCCUUUUCGCCGAUGGAGAUCCGCAGCUCAACCCCAUACCCGGGAAACGACCUGAACUUGGGGUUAGUUACCCAGUCAUAUGGGAUGCUGCAACCGCAAAAGCAGUCCUGCAUGUUCUUUGGUGUCGAUUGAUGUUUAUUUUUGCAGAUGUUGUCUGCAUAUUCGCCGACGAUUUUGCCAGUUUCUCGGAAUUGGUUGAAUUCCUGAUUGAAUGUCUGGUUGGCCCGUCAGCAUCAUCUUUGCCGUCGGCAGUACGGCCACGGCUAGUGGUCGUCCUUGCCAGUGGGCUGGACGUGUCAAAAGAAACGAUGUUAACCGAGCAGCUUUAUGGCCAAAAUGGCCGGACCAGCUCACGGUCUCUAGGCGGAGCAUUUUCUUCUAUCAAUAUGAUUCGGCUUGGAGAUACGUGUCUAUCAGAAAGGGUGAGACAUGAACGGCUUAGGGCGCUAGUCCAGGGCCAGCUCGCUGAUAUGCAACUGGUCCGCCAUGAUCACCGGGCACAAUUCACUGCUCUUCACCUGGAUGGCCUGUUUCAAUCAGCUCUAAGGCAUAUAGCGACUCAUGUUGAUCAUCCGUUUAACUUCAUUCGGGCUACGAGAGAAACCCGUAAAAUUCCCCCAAAUAUAAUUGACCACCUAGCCCACUACUGUGAAAUUGGACAAUCUGCUGGUUAUACCUAUGAUGAGCUGGCACCAACCAUUGCUUCUACCCUUCUCAUGGAUUUCUAUAUUCCUGGUGCUGUUGUGUAUGAGCCUAGGUCGGUUUUCCGCACGUUAUACCGUACCUCAGUUCUCCGUGGUAUAUGCGCAUUCAUGCAUGGUGCCUUAAAAGUUGCAACAGACGAUCUGCUAGGCCUGAUUGAAUGCAAUAUGGUCUACCUGUUCGAUAAGCUUGAGCGGGAGGCAAUAGAUUCAGCAACUCUUCGUAAACAAGAGCUCCUGUCUUAUCGCGGCCGGCUAUGUCGACUGCGGUCCACCCGAAUUUGUCUAUAUUGUCUCCUACAUACUGCUCAACAUUCUUUGUCCUGUGGUCACACAAUAUGCGACAUCUGUGCUCAGGUAUUUGGGAGGCCAGCGACAGAUGCAGACUAUCAGUUCACAAUUACUGAGUGUCUGUACUGCCUUUAUAAAAGCCCAUUGGUGGUUGAUGUGCUUCCCCCAACCAUGAACCCGACGAUUCUUGCAAUUGAUGGAGGCGGCGUCAGAGGAGUCAUCCCACUUGAGUUUCUUAUACUUGUGCAGGAGAAGCUUGGUCCAUCUUGCUCAAUUCAUGAGCUGAUAGAUCUCGGUAUUGGAACCAGCUCAGUAGGUGGACUUAGCAUUCUGGGACUUCUGAAGAUGGGAUGGGAUGUUCAGACAUGCUCUACCGUUUUUGAGAGCCUGGCACGACGAAUAUUUCAGAGCCGACGCAGCUCGUCGUUAUCCCAGUCCUUACGAUCCAAUUCUGGUGGCCGGUAUUUGAUCUCUUGCUUCCAUAAAUGGCUCCUGUGGCUUCUUUACGACGGUUGCUAUGAUAGUCAUGUCUUUGACUCUGCUUUAAAGGAGGCCUUUGGGGAACAGACUCGUCUAUUUGACUCCAGAGCUCAUAUAUCCUCCAGGCAAUCAUCUUCAGGCACCAGGUUAGGAGUUGUUGCCGCAAGUAUCGCUAAGAACACCCGCUCUUUUAUUUUUGGCAAUUUCAACACUCCCGAAAUUGUGAAGGACGGCUGCAUCAAAUGCACCCAACUACCCUGCAACUGUGAACCCUCAAAUAUCGAAGCCCGUGACCUUAAUAUCAUUCGCCCAGCGCAGGCUGAUCUGGAACCAUCAAUUUGGGAAGCCGCCAGAGCCACGGCAGCCGCGCCUUUCUUUUUUCCACCUGCCUAUAUCCGAGGCAUUGGCUCCUUCCAGGACGGUGGACUCACGGAUAAUUUCGCUGCUGACAUUGCUCGUCGUUUAUGUCGUCAAAUAUGGCCCUCACGCAAGCAACCGGCCCGAUUACUAUCUCUAGGGACUGGGAGAAUGAGCCAAACCUCAGACAAGUCACCCCAGUUUCGUCAUGUAUUCAGGGAUGGUUUUCUGCGGCGGGGCUUCGACGCCUGGAUGUCUUCCAUGGAUACAGAGCCCAAGUGGCAAGCGAUGAUCAGCCACUUAGAUCCCAUCCAAAGAGAAGCUUAUACUCGGUUCAACGUACAGCUACAAGAUAUACCUGAUUCUAUUGACAACAUCGACACCAUGGAUGAAUACCGCAAUCUAGUUAUUCUUCAACCAGGUAGUGCCAGACUUGCUAAAGAUAUUGCUAUAGGGUGGCUAGUCGCCCGUUUCUACUUUGUCCUGGACCUCAUGCCCGAGACAACCACGGCGCCGUUUUGGUGCCAUGGGACUAUCCGAUGCAAGGGCAAUGCAACCCACAUAGUAGCCGCCCUCCAGAGUCUCUGGUCCCAGCGAGUUGACUUUACUACUGAUACAGAUGCCCUUGGUCGCUUCAAUGGUCUGGAGGACAUUUGCUCUGCUUGUAUGCGGUACCGCAAGCCAGUAUCUGUUCUGGUUCAUCACUUGGAGGAGACUGUGAACAUCCACUUGCGAGCUGGCACGCAGAGACACUGGAGAAUCAACGGGUUUCCGGAGUGCAUGCAGUCGUUCAUUGCAAAACAAGAACUCCGCACAGUCUUCGGCCGAACCGCCCAUGAUUGCCCCACUGCUGCAGCCUGUUCGGAGUGUGAUUCCUACGAGAUCUCGCUUCGAGGCAAGCGCAGAAAACGGGACUCGGAAUUAUCCCACAGUGGCCAAAGGAACAAGAGAGUUUGCGUCGAUGUGGGGCAGUUUCGGGCGGAUUAG